AAUUGUGUCGUUGUCCUGUCACAAAACUCGUAAAUUCUCGCCAAAGUGUUUGAAACGUCAAAAAUUGAUGAAAGUUUACGAUUUUCUCCACUCUCUUUUAUACAGAAUUGUGCAGAUGUGAUAUUUUCGGUGUGUACAAAUUAUUUAACGAGUGAAGUGUUUUAUUUGCGUAAAAUGGGCAAGCCGGAGUUUAAGUCGCCUCGGCUGAGGAGCGCCCCAAUCAGGUCGCGUCUUUUGGGCAAGAAGGGCCCCACAGUGCGGUCUUCGGCCAACAUCCGGGUCGUGGUGCGCGUCCGGCCGCCGAACCACAAAGAACAGGGCGAUAACAGCAGAGAUGUUGUGAAGAUUGUCGACGAUCAGGUGUUGAUUUUCGACCCGAAAUGCCAGUCGCAGGCGUUUUUCUACCACGGGGUCGAGCAGAAGGGGCGCGAUUUGUUGCGCAAAGCCAAUAAAGACAUGCAGUUUAUGUUCGAUAGGGUUUUCGGGUUCGAGUCGACCAAUUGCGAGGUGUUUGAAAACACGACAAAGGGGCUCAUCCAGAGCCUGAUGGAUGGGUACAACUGUUCGGUGUUUGCCUAUGGGGCCACAGGGGCUGGGAAAACGCACACCAUGAUUGGCCAGACGGACAAUCCUGGCAUCACCUACCUAACGAUGGCUGAGCUGUUCAAAGCCAAGCAGGAUUUGCAGGAGGAGCGCAAGUUCGAGCUGGGCAUUUCGUACAUUGAGGUUUACAACGAACUGGUGCAGGAUCUGUUGAACCCGGGGGCCCCCUUGCAGUUGCGGGAUGACGGGCGCUAUGGGGUCAUGGUGGCUGGGAUUAAAGUCCACAAAAUCGAUAAUCCGGACGAACUUUUCACACUGUUAGCAAAAGGGAACGGUAAUCGGACCCAGCACCCCACUGACGCCAACGCGGAGAGCUCCAGGUCGCACGCAGUCUUUCAAGUUUACAUCCAGAUGGAGAUUAAGGCCACGCGCGAAGUCAGGGCGGCCAAACUCAGCAUGAUUGAUUUAGCUGGGAGUGAGCGGGGCUCCGCCACCGGAUAUGGGGGCGCGAGGUUUGCCGAAGGCGCCAAUAUAAACAAGUCGCUGCUUGCGCUUGGCAACUGUAUUAAUAGUCUUGCCGAUGGCCAAAAAUAUAUCCCGUAUAGAGACUCGAAAUUAACCAGAUUACUCAAAGACAGUCUAGGGGGCAAUUGCCAGACUGUUAUGGUGGCGAAUGUGUCUCCAUCGUCGCUCUGUUACGACGAUACUUACAAUACUUUGAAAUAUGCCACAAGGGCGAAGAAAAUCAAGUCCGAUGUUAAGAAAAAUGUGGUCAAUGUCGAAUUGCAUGCGGGAGAAUAUGUGAAAAUUGUUGAAGAUUUGAAAAAGGAGUUGGAGAGGGUUAAGGCACAGCUUAGGGAGAAAGUCACUGAAAAUAAGGUUGACGGGAAGGUGGCUCUUGAAUUUGGGAAACUGAUUGAAAGUAGAAAGAAGUUGCUGAAUAGGAUGUACCAUGUGGAGUGUUCAGAAACGACCACCGUUUUGAGGAGACAGUUGAAAGAAGACGCUGAUUCGCGACUGAGCGGUUUAUUGAAUGAAACACCCGAAAAAGAGGAAGCUCACCGCAGACUCGGCAAUAUGGUUGGUCGCUUCCACCGCCAAGAAGACAGCCUUCGCGCCGAAUUGGACGAAAUAACCAAAUCGAAAAUCGAGUUGGAAAACAAAACCAUCGACUUGGUCCUCCAACACCCCGAACUCGAGAAAAAGUCCGAACUGUGCGAGGAGAAAAUCGGCAAAAUGGAAUUGCAAUACCAAGUCAACCUGUUGCAAAAACGGUGCAGCAUCCUGGAAGAAGAGCUGCGUUCGCGGGCCAACCUCCUGGAGAUGAGCUGCAAGAUGCUGCAGAGUUGCUACAUGCAGUUGCGAGGGCACGGCUUUGCCACCGACACCCUCUGUCAGGAGUACCAGAAUUUGGUGAACCACGUCCAAGGCAGGAGGAACAUCAGCUGGGACAGCCCCCUCGACUCGGGGGUGAGCUCCACGUCCAGCGGCACCUCCAUCGACGGGGAGGGCGACGCCAGAGCCCCCAGGAAAAGGGCCAACGACGAGAAUGUCAACGGGAUGAACAGCACCUUUGUCAUGGAAGCCCCCAAGCCCAAAGUGAAAGUGUGUGCCGAAGAACUGAUGGCUAAAGUGUACAAAUCGCCAAAUACUAAACCGAAAAAGGAGGGCAUGAAGGACAGGAGGGCCGUAGCGGCCAAACGCCCCUUAACUCCAGUUGAUUUCAGUGCUGCGCAAGAAACAACUGACUAAAUCCGAAGCGUUAAAAAAACGUCCUGCGUUCAGGACUUGAGGCUUUUAUUCAUGUUGAAGUUUUUAUAUUUUAAUUUUUAUACUAAAUAUUUUAUUUUGUUAGAAUUAAACCAUAAUUUUGUACAUGGAUGCGAUAAAAAAUUAAAAUUAGAAUAAUCGAUUGUUGAGGUGCGUGAAAUAGUUUAUAGCUCGUGCUACAGUAUUUUCCACUGUGUUGUCCUCAAACUGUUCGCGGGCAAACACUACCGGCGUGAGUCUCGCACGUGCAAUCACAAUUAACAAGAUCACAAUUAUUAUCGAAAAGAUCACUGCACUAGCCAGGAACACCAGCGGCAUGAGGAAGUAGUGAGGCAUCGCAGGAGGCCCCGAAUGCGUCUCGAUGAUCUCACAGUGGUGGUGAUGCGGAUGUCCUAUGGCCAUUAUUUAUUCGACUUAUUUAAACACUAGUUAGAUGCAUUGACUGACUCUUGUAUUCUAAUGUAAAAUAAACAAUCUACCCAUUUU